CUUCAAAUUGGGUGGGUGGGAGGGAAUUAUAAAUAUUCUCUGCUUGCAUCACGGAAUGCGAAAGAGCCUUCGAAUGACCUAACUCUCAAAUCUACUUUUCAUCAUCACCUUCUAUUUGAUAAUACUACUCAAGUGACCAGUCACAUGAUAUUAACACUACUCAGACCAUACUGGACCGUUCACACAAAAACUUACCACGUGUCUGCGUACCCACAACAAAUAUAUUAGUAUGUUAAGAUAGGUGCCUUUGGAAUGCAUUGGAAUGCAUGAAAUGAUAGUGAUUUUAUUCAGUACUAAGACAACUACCGACUGCCUACAGUCCCGCUAUGUACCACUGCAUAAAGACACUGGCUCUCUACACUAGUCAUAACAGCUUAACAACAAUUAUACAAAUAUGUCGACAGCCACGAUAAGACAUAUGCGGCCUGCAGACUUGGUUGAAGUUGUUAGUUUGACAGAGAAGGAGUCCUGGAAUCUCAGCCAAGAGGUUGUUAGGACCCUCUUUGAAUACUGCCCAGAAGGAUCGUUUAUUGCUGAAUUGCAGGGGAAAGUUGUAGGUGCUGUAAUGGGAUUUAACCUGAAUGAAGAGGAAUCAUUUGGGGGGAUGUGGAUCGUCAGUAAGCAGCAUCGUGGACAGCGUAUUGGCACAAUGUUGUUGCAGAGGCUAAAAGAGCACAUUGGAGAUAGGAAUAUCGGCAUAUUCUCCGACGCAGAGAGCGUGGAAGCCAACAAAAGAUAUGGUUUUUCGGCGGAGUCAUGGAAAAUAUGCCAUGUAUCCGGCAUCAUCGCAACUGAAAAGAUCAAAUUAGCAGAAGAUUGCAUGGUGCAUGUAUAUGCGUUUCCCUCUCGUCACGUGCAAUUUGAUGACCUGUUUCAAUAUGACACCAAAAUACACUCAGUGGAACGGGAAAGAUUCCUAAGAGUUUGGACUCAGGGAAAAUCGACCAUAACCUUGGUUGCUAUUGGCAGGACAGGAGAAAUCGUCGGUUACGGCGUCAUUAAGCGCUAUUCCAAUUACGCCGUAGUUGGACCAAUUUACGGUGAAACUCCUUCCAUUAUGAAAACCUUACUUGUCAGUUUAAUCCGCAAGACUACUUUUGGUGAAAAUAUCAACAUGUCGGUACCAGUUGAGAGUGAGAUUUUGCAAGAAUUACUGGUUGAGAAUAAAAGCACGCUCAAAGUUCUUUCGGAAGAGACCCGGAUGUUUUUCCAUCAUGAAGUUAAGGUUCCAUUGGAAAAGAUUUUGGCGAUUACGUCAUCAGAAGCCAGCCAUUGUUGACAGUCAGUGAUACAGCAUUCCAAAUUUCCUGUGCCCUAGAGAACUGAUGAAUAAAAUUAUAAAGAAGAGGAGUAAUACAUUGUGCUAGUUUGGUGUAAGUGUGUAAAUUAGUAAAUAAUUUUGUUGUCAAAUACAAUUUAGUUCCAAUUUUUGCUGUUUUUGGCUGAGAUCGAACUUCGACUUUCGUUUUGAACAAGUGGAUUUUAUUUGAUAAAAGAAAAAAAAACAUGGCAAUACCACCCCCCCCCCCCUUGAUUGCUUAAAGCUAGGGGCAAUUGACGAUUUAAAAUAGCUUUCAUUUUAUGGAUGUUGAAAACGCAUUAUAAUUAAAAUGUCAGUACAUGUACACAAUGAAAAUGCUAAAAAUGCUGGAUUUUUAAGGGUUUUUAUUUCUGUAUAAAUGAAUAACGCUAAUCUCUGCCACGUUGUCUCCGAAGCCUAUUAC